AUCUUGAUAAAAUUUUCUUCGUUUCUUUUUUAUAUUAAUUUCUUCUAUUCUUUUCUAACCUAAAUUGUCUAAUCGUUAAAUCUUUCAUCAACAUUUUGCCCUAUUAGUCGUCGUUUACUUUGUGCUUUUCUUGUUGACUUGAAAGAGACAGCACAUUUUAGUGAAAAAUGAUCUCAUUGUUCAUCUGCUAAUUGCGUAAAUUUAUCAACAUUUCAAUUUUUCUCAUCUCUUGUUUUGAAUUUCAAUUUUUACAAUUUAUCUCCUGAGUCUCUGUUGUUGUCUGUUUCCGUUUUUUGCUCUUCUUUCUCAUCGGUAAAAAUUAUCCAAGUUUGUGCAUGUGUUUGUUUGCAUUUGUUUGGACUCAUUUUACUUGCAUCUGAUCAAAUCAAUUUCAAGUUUCAUUCCAUUUCAAUUCUUGGUUUAUCAACAAACUUAAUCAACACUUGUAACCUUUAUCGUUACCAUUACCAUCAGUUAUUAUAUUACUUUGUGCAGAUCCAAUCUACAAAUUUCAAAUCAUCUACAAGUGUAAUCGUUACUUAACCAGUUGAUGAAUUAUAGCUAGCUUGUGAUUUAAAACAACUUUUGCAUGAAUUGCAAGUGAACCAGAACUGUCUCAGUUUUUUUCUUUCUUCACAACAAUCGAUAUUAAAAAAGAUGCAGCUGAUGAACCAUUUAUCGAAUCGUCUUUACCUGGUACUGGUAAUAUUUAUAAUAUCAGUUUCAGGUCAGGACAAGCCAAAAAAAGUCUCUGGUAAAGACCAAUCUAACAAACAAUCACCAAUACCCGAUCCUUGUCCAUCUAUGUGUACAUGCGUCAGUGAUAUUCGUGUAAUCGACACACUUGAAAAUCCUCAAAUGGUUACCUGUUCUUAUAAAAAUUUAGCAACUUUUCCAGAUUUUUCAGCGAUACUGGAUAACAUGACAACUCUUGAUUUGAGUUACAAUAAGUUUGCUAAAAUUAACCUGGUGGAUAACCUAACCGAUCUAAGGACCUUCAAUUUAUCUAAUAACAUUAUUGAAAGCAUCGAACCUCAAGCUUUUGAACAGCUACCAAAUUUGCAAAUUAUUGAUUUAUCUCUUAACAAAUUAUCUAGUUUACCUGAUAUGGUCUUCGCGAAACUAAGCCAACUUAAAGAAAUUGACCUUUCAGACAACGGCCUGACCAGUCUUCAAGAAAAUAUUUUUGAUGAUCAACAAUGGCUCGAAGUUUUACAUCUGAGAGCAAAUAAUCUUAAAUCAUUGCCAGAAGUCUUAUUCCGUAACAAUGAACGUCUUCGAGUCCUUGAUUUAUCUCACAACGAGUUAUACAGCUUACCAGACACCAUAUUUCAAUCAACUUUAGCACUAACAACUCUUGAUUUAUCUGAGAAUCAAUUUAGUGUCGUCCCAUCUGAAGACUUAGCUCGUGCAAAAAAUCUCGAAGAACUAGAUAUUUCGGCCAAUAUGAUGAAAAAGCUGGAUCAUGAUUCUUUCACUAAUCUCAAUCACCUCAAAGUCUUACGGAUCAACAAUAUGAAACAAUUAACUGAGAUCGACGAUUACACUUUCUCCUAUUUGUGUUACUUGAAAAAAAUUGAGAUAAAAUUUAAUCCCAGACUGUCCAUGUUAGCCCACUCUGCUUUCUAUGGUUUGAAUUUUAAUUCAAGUUGCUUCAAUUUGGAGGAAGUUAAUCUGUAUGGUAACCAAUUGUCUGAGAUGAAAGAGCAUGUUCUUCCAGUUUGCAAGAUUCCCAUAGUUGAUCUACGAGAUAAUCAAUGGAAAUGUGAUUGCCAUUUCAAAUGGGUAAAGUCAUGCAAGCAAGACGAUCCUAUUCAUCGACAAAUAAGAUGUCUGAGUCCGUUAAAAAUUGCCAAUAUUGAAAUUUCUGAUAUCGACGAGGCAGAAUUUACCUGUCCAAUUGAAGGAAAUGGCUUCAGUCGUGAGAUCCGUCUAUUCCGAUUGUUUGUGGUACUUUUUGGUGUACUAACACUCGUUUUCAUGGGUUUCAUGGUAGUUUAUUACCUUCACAAAGCCAAAGUAAUUGGAUCUUUUGGACACAAGUAUCAACGAAUGGGCUCAAUUCACUACGUCAAAACUCAAACAAAUGAAGGACAAGAGUAACUUAUGACGAUCAUACCUGAGCUUUUCUAUUUUAUGAAUUCCACAUGAUAAAGUACCUAUCGGAAUAUCUGUUCAGAUCUUCUCACAGACUUUCUAAGUUAAAUUUAAACUGGCUGUCUUGAUUUGCCAUUAGAGAGAUUAUGAAAAUUAUUGGUUAAAUAUCAUGGAGAAAGAAAUGUGCCAUAAGCCAGAAAAAAAGCGAAUUCAAGUCCCAGCCUUUCAAUGUUUUUAACUAUUCCAUUUUACCUCUAAACGUGAUUACCACCAGUGUCAAUCAAAUAAGUCAGCGAUUGACUGACCUUAUCCCAUUCAUUUUUUGAGGGCAACUAUUAAUUGUAAAGAUUUUCAUUGUUAUCAUCACUCCAGUCAUCAACAUCAAUAUCAUUGACAUCACCAUUGCUAGUCUCAUUUUUUUAUAUUCAUUAUUCAUUUAAAAUCAACAUGAGUUUGCAAUUGUGUUUUACAACAAUGUAACUGAGUUAUAUAUUUCCCUUCCAAUCCAUUCUCGCAACAUUUUUAGUCACUUGUAAUUGAGCUUUGUUUUUCAAGUAUUUUGCCAGAUUUCUCAUGAUUUCAGUCUCUUCUAUCUGUGUAUGCUUUUAUCUACCCACUGAAAUUGCUAAAUCAAUUUAUACACACUGAUUGUUUCAUGAUUGGUUCAAAUUCAAUCUACAAAGACCAAAUCAUCAAAUCAUUUUCAAAUAUUUUCUCACCCUUAAACCUUAAACCUUUAUAAUAGUGAUACUAAUUGUUUCUAAGCAGUUUGUUGUCAACAAAUAAAGUGUAUUAUAAUCAGAUCUCCAGCUUUAUGAAAGUUAUUUAAUCAAUUGCAAACAAGAUAAUCACUAUGGAUGGUAGAUCAGAUCAACACAAAAGCAAUGAUCCCAAUGAAAAUGUCUUAUUAUCUCUUCUAAUAUACCAAAAAUUGAAGAGCUAUUAAAAAAUAAUAUCAUAAA